UACGGCGGGGCCCGCCACCACACAGUUCUCACACGUUUCUUUAUAUAUCCUUCACCGCCUCAACCGCUCAACGCAAUUUUCGCUAUUCAUUUACGACUCUUCUUCUCCACUCCCCAAUUCCCUCUUCAAUCCCCAGCAAUAUUCACCAAAAUUAAAAUCAAAUGGGUGCUUGUUUGUCUUCAAAAUCAAUUGAAUACCAAAACCCAUCUGCAAACGUCGUUCUAUUGAACGGAGAAUUGCGCCAAUUUCCAGUUCCUAUAACGGUUUUUCAGGUACUUCUCCAAUUGGAAAAUUCAUCUGCAGAUUCAUUCAUUUGCAACUCGGAUUGCUUGUAUUUUGACGAUUACAUACCGGCUUUGGCACCAGAAGACGCGCUCCAGGAAUCUCAGAUCUAUUUCGUGCUGCCCAGAACAAAACUUCACUAUCGUUUGAGUGCUUCCGACAUGGCUGCUCUAGCCGUGAAAGCCAGCGUCGCUCUUGACAAAAUUAACGCUGCCUCCGCCUCAAGCCACCGCCGGAAGAGGAAGGCCCGAAUAUCACCCGUUAUGGUGCUAGAUCAAAAUAUCGAGAAGAAGAGUUCUGUUAACAAUAACAAUACAAUGAAGCCCUCAACGUCGGCUCGAUUAGGGGUUUCUAGGUCUAGUUCUGUGAGAAAAUUGCAGAGAUACUCUUCUCGGCGGGCUAAAAUGGCGGCCCGAUCCUUCAGGAUUAGGCUUAGCACUAUUUAUGAGGGAUCUGUGGCUUAUGCUCCAUUUUAACUCAUUCGUUAAAUUACCUUUUUUUUUUUUUUUUUUUUUUUUUUUUUAAAUCUUAACUUGUGAAAAAGGACCAAAAAAAGGGAUUCUUUUGAAAAGAAACUCUGUAUGUGGCAUAGAGAAUACAAUCAAUUUAUGUAAAUUCGAUUUUUUCUGUUUCUGCAAUUAGUUACUGAGGAAUGAAGGGUUCAAAAACCAAAUGAGUCUGUUCAUCUAAACCUGCAAUUAGUUACUGAGGAAUGAAGAGUUCAAAAACCAAA